AUGAUCUUUGGUCAAUUUACUGGAGUUGCUCAUCAUAAGAAAUGUGUUACUUUUGUUGCUUCUGUUGUAGCUCAUGAGGAUAUAUCAUCUUUUGAAUGGGUUUUCAAAACUUUUCUUAAAGCAAUGGGACAUAACGAGCCUGUGUGUUUGAUUACCGAUCAAGACCUUGCAAUGAAAGUUGUUGUUCGUAAUAUUGAGCCAGCAGAAUUUGAAGAAAAGUGGAAUAAAGUUAUUUCUCAAUUCCAUUUGAACAAUCAUGAAUGGUUGGCGCAUAUGUACAAUAUACGUGAUAUGUGGAUUCCAGCGUUUGAAUGUGCAUUGGAUGCUCAAAGGCACACUAAAAAUAAAAUGGAUAAUGAUUCGAAGAAUAAGCGUCCGGAGUGUAAGACUCCAAUUCCUUUAGAGAAAGAUGCUUCCGAGUUGUUUACAACAACAAUUUUCUAUGAAUUUCAACAUGAGAUUGAAAUUAGAUGUUUUAAUUUUGGUGUUGAGGAGAUAAAGAAGGACAAUGAGCUUUACAUUUUCAGGGAAGGAUCUAGGAGGAGGACUUUUGAUGUUGCUUUUGAUCCAACUACCUUAGAAACCAAGUGUUUUUGUAAAAUGUUUGAACGUGAAGAUAUUCCUUGUAGGCAUAUGAUUUGGGUAUGGAAGACAAGGAUGUUAGAAAAAAUUCCCAAGGCCUAUGUUCUAAGCAGAUGGACUACAAUUGCUUGUAAGAAGCCAAUUUUUGAUGUAGAAGGUAAUGUGUUGGAUGAAUGUAUCAAUGCAGUAGAUAAGAAGAUGUUAUUGAAUGAUUUGUGGUCCGAAAUUCAUGCUUGUGUGAGUUUAGUGCAAAACAAUGAAGAUGAUCUUAUUGAUCUUGUCAACAAACUUCAUGCUUUGAGGAUGGAUUUGGAACAUAAGAAAACCACUAAUAACAAAGGUACGGGGGUUCAUGUUCCAAAUCAGGUCAACGUUCCAAAUGAUGUCCAUGUUCCAAAUGAGGUUCAUGUUCCAAAUGAUAUCCAUAUUCCAAAUAAUGACAAGAGAAUGAAGAGUGACAGAGAAAAAGCUGUUGAACAAAAUGGAGUUGGUGGUCUUUAUCAUACUCCGGAGGUUGUUGGUUCAUUUAGUCCAGGUGGUACUACUAAAGAAUGGAUUCCAAGUGUUCCUGAGGAGUUAAAACCCAUUGUUGGAAUGAUAUUUAAAGAUCCUGAUGAGGGUCUUAGUUUAUACAAAGCAUAUGCAAAUGUUGCUGGCUUUGCUCCUAGGAAAUCCACUAUUACAAGGAAGAAGAAGAACAAAGAUGUAGUUGCUUUUCAAUAUGGAGUUUGCAAUAAACAAGGUUUCAAGGCAAUACGAAAACCUAUUGCUCAAGAAGCACCUAAUGAAGAAGGAAAAGUUCGUAUUACUAGGAAACGUUAUUUUAAAGUUUAG